AUGACGGUGGCAAUUGCUCCAGCGUCCGGCGGAGGAGAAGACAUCGGGAAAUUUGGGUUCUUCUACCGUGCGGCGAAAUCUGAUUCUCACCGUCCUCGCCGUCUGUCACUUCUCCGAUUCUCUCUCAAGGAAGCUGCCGCCCUUACUCCAGUACUGCUGAAUCUUGUCCAAUCAAACGCCGCCGGCGAUCGGAACCUUAGAAUAAUUAGUUCAUCAGUGAUCGGUAUCACUUUUGGGAGGUGCACGCGCAUAAGCAGUAGAGUAGCAGCUAUACGCCGGGUUCUGCAGCAUCGGGAGUAUACCAAGUCGAGAGUUUCAGGUUCUAUUCGCGGGAAUUGGGAGCUUAGAGAGUCGGUGGUAGAGGUUAGACGGGUGAAUGACAAAUUGAUGACGAUUAAGGUAGUAGUUGGAGGGAGCACUCUGAAUGUCAUUAGCGCUUACGCACCGCAAACGAGCUUGGACGAGGAGGUAAAAAGGCGCUUCUGGGCGGCGCUGGAUGAGGUGGUGCAGGGUAUUCCGCCUACGGAGAAGCUAUUCAUAGGAGGGGAUUUCAAUGGUCAUAUUGGGUCGUCUGCUGGUGGCUAUGGUGAGGUGCACGGUGGCUUCGGCUUUGGUGAUAGGAACGGGGGUGGUACCUCACUGUUGGAUUUUGCUAGAGCUUUUGAGUUGGUGAUCGUGAACUCUAUGUUUCCGAAGAGGGAGAAACAUUUGGUUACUUUCCGGAGUAUGGUGGCUAAUCUCCUCCUCAAGAGGUGUGAUAGGGGGUUGUGCGAGGAUUGCAAGGUGAUCCGAGUGAGAACCUAG